UCACACACACCUCUUGAUACAAUACAAUACAAUUUGCAUCACCCAUUGUAAUUUGCACCCCCUUGUGAUUAUGGUGCUAGUUGUAGCUAAACCCAAUCUCAUUUCCUGCAACUUUCCAUCUCUUAAAACCAAAAAAUCAAUUCAACCCCACAUAACAGUAGUGGCCUCGGGAUGUUGUUGCAGAUUAAGUUCCUUUAAACCUUUAGUAGCAAUGAAAACCCCUUUUGUUGCUGCUACUACAUCAUUUCGGAGAAAGAGUAGUAGUAGUAGUAUUGUGAUUUGCAAUGAUUCCAACAAACAGAAUAGCAGUGUUGAGGAGAAGGAGGAGGUUAAAAGAGAUUGGACAACCUCAAUUUUACUCUUUCUCUUAUGGGCUGCACUUAUCUACUAUGUUUCUUUUCUCUCCCCAAACCAGACUCCGUCGAGGGACAUGUAUUUCUUGAAAAAGCUAUUGAAUUUGAAAGGCGAUGAUGGUUUUAGAAUGAAUGAAGUGCUUGUUUCUGAAUGGUAUAUAAUGGGUUUCUGGCCUUUGGUAUAUAGCAUGCUGUUACUUCCCACUGGAAGAAGCUCAAAAAGCAGUGUUCCCGUAUGGCCCUUCCUGUCUGCUUCAUUUUUCGGUGGCAUAUAUGCGCUUCUUCCUUAUUUUGUGCUCUGGAAACCUCCACCGCCUCCUGUAGAAGAAGCAGAGCUCAAAACAUGGCCAUUAAAUUUUUUGGAAUCAAAAAUCACUGCAAUGAUAUUGCUUGCUUCGGGGAUAGGCAUCAUAAUUUACGCUGGUUUAGCUGGGGAAGAUGUGUGGAAAGAAUUUUUCCAGUACUGCAGGGAAAGCAAAUUUAUCCAUAUUACGUCCAUUGAUUUUACUUUACUCUCAACAUUGGCACCAUUUUGGGUUUACAAUGAUAUGACUGCUAGAAAGUGGUUUGACAAAGGUUCUUGGCUUCUUCCAGUAUCAUUGAUACCUUUGCUGGGGCCUGCUUUAUACAUUCUCCUACGGCCCUCACUGUCAACCUCUGCCGUUGCACAAAGUCCUGCUGAGUCAGAGUGAAUCCAUCUGACACGGCCAAUGAAUAUGAAUACACAUUUUUAAUGCAAUAAGAAUUCGAAAUUGGCUGUUUGGUUUGGUUGAGAAUGAAGUUUCAUUCUACAAAGUCCACAGCAUAAUUAUAGUAUGUCACCACAUUUUCACUUGUCCAUAACAAUAUUGACAUCCAUUUAGGCAUAAUCUUUGCAGAGAAACUUGUCUUCUUCUUUUGCUGUAUGUAAUAAUUCCUUGGAGAGAA